ACCUUGGCCCAUGAAGAAAGCCCGAGGGAAACUCAAAUCGAAAUUGAGUCCAAUACACUUGAUCGAAAAAAACAUUUGAGCCAAUAUAGAAACACAAACCUAUUGAAGGAUUCAUCGACUUGGUUGGAAAUUGGAAUCUUGCAAGUAACCCGAAAAGCAUUAGAAAAAAUCAUUUUCCUUUAAGAAUUGUGUCCACAACCACUUCCUGUUGGACAAAUAUCAUCGUUAGUUGAUGCUACUGGAACUAAACACUGGUGAUUAACUAUCCAAAUUCGUUUAGUCAGUCCAAUAGGAUUGCCGAUUGCAAAAAUGCCUUAUCCUCUUAGUCAUCCAAAUGCGAACACACGUACCUCAGGGUAAAAAAAAUACAGCAAUUGCUUGUCCUGCUGGAUGCCAUUCUCCAUUUUGCAGGCUAAUUUGGGAGGCAGAUUGAGACGGGUGAGUAGUUCACAGCCGUUGCCAAAUUUGUCAUUCUCAGCCAACCCCUGCUCUCGAAGUGUAAGUCCGUUUUAUACAUGGAUUAGAAAUCUUUUACCAUAGUUCCAAACCACAUGAGACUAACUAUUGAAGGUCUGAGCAUGACAAGAAAAAAUUGUGUAGGAAACACUCUGAGACCAUGGCAAGGAUACCAAUAUGGUGAUCCAACACGUGAUUUAAUCGACUUGUACGAUAUGAUAUCAGAAUGGUAAAUUCUCGUGUUAGUAUAUCGGAUCGAACAUGCAUCUCAAUUGUUAAAACCAUCGUCUAUUUGAAAAAGGGAGACGAUUCAUUGAUUUGGGUGGAUAUUGUAUAGUGGCCAAUACAGUUUUUUUUUUAACAAAGGAAAGUUCUUCAUCAAUCUAAAUAUCAUGUGCUUAACAAAUGAGGGUCGUCAGGAUUCACACACAAGAUUUUUUUUUUCUAUCAAUAAAUGUCAUGUGCUUAACAAAUGCUCUGAUAUCAUGUCAAGAACUAAUUGUUUUCAAUGACUCGAAUUGUUGAGUGAGAUUCAAUCAUGACUCUUAAUAUUGUUGGAUAUUUUGAAUGCAUGAAUUGUGAGAAAUUUUCAUGAUAAGUAGUAUGGAUAGGGAAUGGUUUAUGCAUGACUGAUAAACAAUUUAAAUAUUAUAUUAAAUCCAUUAUAUAGAAUAAUUUGUAAACUAUUUUACAGCUAUAAAACGGUUAUCUAUCAACCAUUUUUAUGUUGAUCUACCCGUCGAAUCCAAUUGUGAAAAUGAAUUGCUUUCAUGCAUGUGCUGUAUAUAUCGGUAGGUUGGAUUGAGACUUAGCAUCGAACUGGAGCUCGACCGGGAACACUAAACAUCAGUCGGUGGACACCUGAUGAAACUGACGAGGCCGGACAAUAAACUAGCUUUCUGUUUUGUCUGACUAAAGCCGGACAGCCGGACAGAAAUGGCCAUUUGCAAUUUGUGGUUGGAACCGCCCUGAUCAGAUACUAUUAUUGGACCCCAGAGUCGAUCUAUUUCAACUUCUAAUCGGUACUACUACGGCUACGUGAGUCGUGACCGUCGGUGAUUAUAGUUGUUGCCAUCGUGUCAGCAAUACUAGUACAGUUGUUUAAUUUUACAACUGUGCGCAAUUAUAGUUGUAGUUAUGAUUUUUACAGUUAUAAUCGGGGUUUUUUUUAUGGUUGAAGAAUCACAACUCUGAUGUAAUCUACUACAACUCAUGAUUAGCACGAUGCUAAUUCGAGUAAGUGUCCGCUCUUUGGACAUGACCUGACCUAACCCCUGCUUUUAGUGCCCAAAGGAAGCCAACCCAUCAAACCUCUCGUACCGGUGGGUAGCAGAAAGAGAGAGCACAAUUAGAAAUGAACUUCCCCAGUUAAUCACUCCUCUCGCUUGCGCAACGUCAAAUGACAAACAUAAACACAAACACAAGAAAAGGAAAAACCUCAAGUGCAUGCCCCCAUUUUUUUAAUUUUGCCUUCUUUCUCUCCUUUCCUUUCCCUACCUUAGUUUCUUGAUAAGGAUUUGAUGAUGAGGCAUCCAUCUCCAUGUGUGACGCUCGUCCUUUAGUAUUUACACAAAAAAGUUACGUGUCCAAUUCACGCUUCCAUUCUAUAUAUACCCUCCUCUUCCUCUUCCCACAUCCACCAAACCAAAUCCUCUCUCAACCCUUAAAUUCCUCUCCUCCAAUCGCACAACAGAUUCAAUUCUCUCUUUCUUCCGUAAGAUCCCAAUGGCGACUGCCAACGGCCACUCCCCGCCGGCCUCCAGAUGGUCUCUCCACGGCAUGACCGCUCUCGUCACCGGCGGCACUCGCGGCAUCGGGAGUGCGACUGUGGAGGAACUAGCUGGGCUGGGAGCCAAGGUCCACACGUGCUCGCGCAACGAGUCCGAGCUCAACGACUGCCUACAGCAAUGGAAAGCAAAGGGCUUCUCCGUUUCCGGGUCGGUCUGCGACGUGUCGUCGGCGUCCGAGAGGGAGAAGCUCGUCCAUGAAGUGGCCUCGCUCUACAAUGGCGCGCUCAACAUCCUCGUCAACAACGUUGGGACGAAUGUCAGGAAGCCCACAACAGAGUAUUCGACGGAAGAAUAUCUGAGGCUGAUGUCCGUUAAUCUGGAAUCAUCGUACCAUCUCUGCCAGCUGGCUCACCCGCUUCUCAAGCAGUCCGGAGAAGGGUCCGUCGUCUUCGUGUCGUCGGUGGGCGGUGUUCUCCACAUAGGCAGCGGCUCCAUUUAUGGCCUCUCCAAAGGUGCAAUCAAUCAGCUGACCAAGAAUCUGGCUUGUGAGUGGGCGAGGGACAACAUCAGGACCAACUGCGUCGCUCCUUGGUACACCCGAACCUCCCUCGUUGAGCAUCUGCUGGAGAAGAAGGAUUUCUUGCAGCAAAUAGUGGCGAGAACGCCGCUCCAGAGGAUCGGAGAGCCGAACGAAGUGUCGAGCUUGGUGGGGUUCCUGUGCAUGCCGGCGGCUUCCUACAUCACCGGACAAGUGAUCUCUGUGGAUGGAGGAAUGACAGUGAAUGGCUUCAACCCUCCAAUCAACCUAGACUGAGACAAACUGGCAGCGUUUUCUUAAUCAAAUGUGAUUGCUUUCUGUAUCUGUAUUGUAGGUAUUCAAGGUGGGGAUUCAAAUUAACUAGUAAUUCCUAGUUUUAAUCAUUAUAUACUGUACACCGCAAUUAUGAAUAAAAAAAAAGGUCUCUACGUUAAUCUCAGUUGUUUGUUUGGUGGGAAGAUGAUGAUUGUGAUGGAUGAUCCGACUCAUUCACCCCAUCCUCAAGCAAGCUCUGAAAUUGAAAGCUGUAAUACCAAUUUUCAUGAAUGGAAUGACUAAUGAGCUUAGUUGUGGAAGAAAGAAGUAAAGAACCGAAAGUUCAUAAAUAUCUAGCGUAUCUACCGGAAAUCCAGGACAAGUUGCAUCUAGCAGCAAACAACGAAUCUUUUUUAUAAUGACAGUGACAUCAUUUGAGUUGCAGGUUCAAUGGUUCAUUAAAACUCAGUCCUCCCUUCAUCAUUUGAUUCAAUUCCCUGAAAUCUAUGGCAUAUUAGCUUCUUUUAUAUUUUGCCCCAACGUACUUGUUCAUUGUACUUAGAUUUUUGGCAAAAUUCAUUCGUAUAGCCAAAAAUUUUACGUUUGUGACAACAAUAGCCACUUUUGGGGAAAUACCAAUAAUAGCCAGAAAUUGGAAAGUUUGAUGACAAUAAUAGCCAUUUCCGUUACAUAAUUCAACGUCGUUAGUUACACCGUUAGUCAAAUUAAUGGGACGAUGAUCUGGCUGCCAACUCACCCUCUCUUUCGUUUCCACCUCAGCAUUCAUUGACAGAUGGAUGACACCUCAUUUACAAAAAUAAAAAUUAACCUUACCUAAAUCUGGGAAAUCAGCUUGGUAUCUCCAUCCAAGAACUGCCCUCUCCCCACACCGUUGUCCAUUCUCGUUGACCCAGCCGCUGCCGAUCUCAAUUUCCGGAUGCAAGGCCAUCAACAAGUUCUCCAAAGAAGAUGAUUGGAUUUGAAAACAACAAAGAGAGGAGACAAUGGUUGAAUCCUCUACUUCUUUCACCUCUUGUUAUUUCCUCCCUGCCGUCCACUUCCACCACCUAUCUUCCUCUACACCCGGUUGGGAUAGAAAAGAGGAAAACCCAAGUUGCUAAAGUGAAACCUUUCUCUCGUCCAGACUCGACCACCACCACCACUCUUUUUUAAUCUACCCGAAACAAGACUAGAGGAAUAAAUCCAAUCUAAGAAACCCCACAGAAAACCCACAGGUAGUCGAACAAAUCCCCACUGAAAUCCCACAGGGAGUUGAACAAAUCGAAAACCCACAAGGAGUCGAACAAAUCGAACAGUUUCCCCAAUGGGUACUUCACAUCUGACCCGCGAUUCUCCUUCGAGUCAUCCAACGCUUAAUUCGCUUCCGAUGUUAGGCCGGAGCUGGCGGAGCCAUCACUGGACACUUACACGGGGGCAGCUGCAGUAUUAGCCUCUCAAUCUUUGUGUCUCGGACCUCGCAAACAUCAUCAUUCAUCUCCACCCACCUAAAAUAGCGACAGUUCUUCUUCACAUCCAGCCCAAUGACACCCAUCCAAUUAACAAACAACCCCUCAAACAACAACAUUCAUCGUUACGAUCAUUAGCCCUUACCUUCCAAUAUGGACAUCCAUAGAAGCGUCGGCCUGGGUUAUCAUUAGUACCAGAUGUUUUGACUACGAUGGGAAUGUUGUGCAUGCAGCGGACGAGGCCAUCACCACCGAUGCUUGUCGCAGAGGAAGAGACCCGCUUUGACAUCUCCAAUCCAACCCUUUGUGACGCUGGAAAUUGAGAAGGCUAAAAAUGAAAUAUGUAGCGUGGA